AUGGCGGCGGAAGGGGUGGCCGCGGGACCCCGGCGACGGCGGCGGCGCGGGAGGGGGCUGUGUGUGCUGCUGCAGCUGCUGCUGCUGCUGCUGCGGGUGGCCCCGGCCCAACCGAUGGAGGAGCAUCUGAAGCGCGAGCACUCGCUCACCAAGCCUUAUCAGGGCGUAGGCUCCUCCAGCUCCUCUCUGUGGGAACUUAUGGGCAAUGCUAUGGUUAUGACCCAGUUUGUGCGUCUCACUCCUGAUGUUCAGAGCAAGCAGGGAGCUGUCUGGAACAGGGUGCCUUGUUACUUACGGGACUGGGAGAUGCAAGUGCACUUCAAAAUCCACGGACAAGGGAAGAAGAACUUGAACGGGGAUGGCUUUGCAGUCUGGUACACAAAGGAUCGCAUGCAGCCAGGGCCUGUCUUCGGGAGCAAGGAUAACUUUCUAGGGCUGGGAGUGUUUGUAGACACCUACCCAAAUGAGGAGAAGCAACAGGAGGCCCAGAAGAGGAGAUAUUCCUCGGGAAACCAGCGUGUGUUCCCGUAUGUCUCUGCCAUGGUGAGCAACGGCUCUCUAGCUUAUGACCACGACAGGGAUGGGAGGCCCACGGAACUGGGCGGGUGCACGGCAAUGGUGCGUAACCUCAACCACGACACUUUCCUGGUGAUCCGCUACGUGAAGAGGAGGCUUACCGUCCUGCUCGACAUAGAUGGCAAGCAUGAAUGGAGAGACUGCAUCGACAUCCCAGGGGUCCAUUUCCCACGAGGUUAUUACUUCGGAGCAUCUUCUGUCACAGGAGACCUGUCAGAUAACCAUGACAUCAUUUCCCUGAAGUUGUACCAGCUGACAGUUGAACGGACACCAGAAGAGGAACAACGGGACAAAGAGGUCUUUCUUCCCAUGGUGGAGAACAUGAAACUGCCUGGAAUGGAAGCUCCGCUGGAACCACUGAGUGGCCUUGCUCUGUUCUUGAUCGUCUUCUUCUCACUUGUUGCCUUGGUCUUUGCCAUUGUCAUUGGCAUUAUUGUCUACAACAAAUGGCAGGAGCAGAGCCGGAAACACUUCUACUGAUUGCAAAGCAUCCUGAUGUAUUCUUCAGGUUUUUUGCCUUCUAGACUACUGCUGGUGGCAUUGGCAGGGGUGGUAGCAGAUGCAGAUGGCAGCUAGUCUACAAGGAGUGUCCUUCCCUAGCCCUGCCACAAGGACCAGUCCAUCCGGAUCUUGAAAAGUUGUCAUGGGUUUGACUUAGCUUGGGGACCUUCUUGUUGGGGCCCAAGUGGGGGAGGCAGUUCUACCUGCCCUUUCCACUUUGCCU